UUCUGUUUCCCAUUGAUCUUUAUUUUCUCACAUGGCCUUUCUGUCUUUUAUUAUCAUUCAUCACUAUUUCUUUGCUGGUUUGUUUGGUUGGUGAGCCCCCCCAAUGUCCAUCUAAAGCUCUAAAACUCACAACUUAUCUCUCUACUUGUUCUCUUUUCUCUCUCACUCACUCUUUCCUCAAAAAGUCACAAAAACCAGCUUGCAUUUUACACAAAAAUAGCUUAUUUUUCUCUUCCACUAUAAACUCAUUCACAUUCAUUCACUGUUCAAACCAUAAAGAAAAAAAAUAGAAAUCAACUUGGACAUGUCAUUGUCCACUAGCUUUUUGCAAUAGGAGUUGUUUGCUCUAAGCUACAAGCAGUGAUGAUUUUCUUGAAGAUUAUUGGCAUACACAAACCAAGAAACUUUCUUGUUUUGUUGGAUGAGACACUCAAAGUUUGAAGCUGUUGUGUUUCUUUGUUUGUGUUUUUUCAGUUCAAGUACAUAGGUGACAGCUGUUGUGAAACCCUCAAAUAAAGACAGUUUUUUUAAGGUAAUAAUUAUCUUUAUUUACCUUGUCUCUUGGUGAAUAUCAAAGGAAAUCUAAAAGGGUCAUGGAUCUGCUUCUCAGAAUCUCAUUUUGAUCUACAACAUUGAUUUUCAGUUUCUUCAGGUUUUUUUGUUCUCAAAAUUGUUGUUUUAUUGAGAGAGAGAGAGAGAGAGAGAGAGAGGGUAGAACACUAGAACCAGAAGAAGCUUAUCAAGUAUAUUGAGUGAGUUUUUACCUAUUUGGCCUUGUUGCUUUUUGCAAGGAUUCUUGAGAGAAAAGAUUAGCAUUUUGCAACGGUUGAAAUCUUCAAAGCUGCUUUAAUACUAAUACCCCCCAAGUGAAUAUUUUUCUUUAACAAAGCAAAACGUGCCUUCAAGUUUCAAUCUUUAAAGACCCCUUUUGAAGAAAUUUAUUGCAUUUCCUUCAGUUACAAUCUUGUUGUCAAGUAUUCGUUGAUGGUAUAUAUGCUAUAAUAUUGCAUUGGAGUUAUAGUUUUGAGUACAAGGUGAAUAUCAAAUAGACACAGAGUCACAUUGAGCUGAGCUAAAUUAUUCAUGAAGUUUCCUUAUCCAAGCACAAUGAUGCUUGUUUUGCUUCUUGCUUUUCUAUGCUUUGAAUCACUUCCUCAUGUUAUGGCUCAAUCUUCUUCAAAUAAAGAAGCAAAGGCUUUGGAUGCAAUUCUCCAACAAUAUGCUUACAAGGCUUUGGCGAAUCCGAAAACAGGUACCGUUUACAAUGCAACUCAACUUCCUUCAAAUUUAACUGGAGUUAAGGUUGCAGCAUUAAGAUUAAGGAGUGGAAGUUUAAGGAGAAAAGGGUUUGACAUGUACAAUGAGUUUGAAAUUCCCAAUGGACUCAUUGUGAGUCCUUAUGUUGAAAGAUUGGUUUUUGUGUAUCAAAAUCUAGGUAAAUUGUCAAACAAGUAUUAUCCUUUGCCUAAUUACACUUACUUGGCACCGGUUUUGGGACUAUUAGCUUAUGAUGCUGCAAAUUUGUCAGCUACAAAUUUAUCAGAACUUGAUGUAAAUGCUUCUGGUGACAACAUUUUGGUCAAGUUCCAAGAUGUUAAAUCAGUACCUCAUGGAACAGUUGCAAAAUGUGUUUGGUUUGAUUUGCAAGGUUCUUCCAAUUUCAGCAAUGUAAAAGGAGGUAACACAUGUUCUACUUCACAACAAGGUCAUUUUUCUAUAGUGGUUAAGUCCAAUGGUGCACCUGGACCAGUUUCUCCGACACCGCAUAAUCAUGGAAAAGGUGAGAAGAAGAGUAGUAAAAAGGUGUGGAUUAUUGUUGGUUCUGUUGUUGGAGGACUGUUAUUGUUGGUUUUAUUAUCAUUUCUAGUUUUGUGUAUAAACAAAUACAAACAGAAGAAGAAAAUGCAAGGUAUGGAGAGGGCUGCAGAUUCAGGAGAAACUCUUCAAAUGGCUUCUGUUGGAGAAACAAAAGCACCUGCUGCAACAGUUACAAGAACACAACCAACACUUGAACAUGAAUAUGCACCUUGACACUACAUUUUUUUGCACAAUCUUUAGGUGCAGUUGUUCCACUCAUAUUCAAGUUAAUUUACUGUAAUCAGAAAUUCUUCUAAUUACACCUUUUUCUUUUGUGUACAUCAGUAAUGUUUUUGUUUUGUUUCAUGAUUCAUUGUGGUGUUAAUUUAGGAGUCAAAAGUGUUGAUUAUUAUGCCAUGAAUUUUGGUCUAGUUCCACUGAGUGUGAAUAAAAAAAACUUUAGCAUCUACUUCAUGAGGUUAUUUAACUUGUUUUUACUUUUUGUUUUCA